GUGAAAGAUUGAACCUUAUCUGUUUAUUGAUAGUGUACGUUUAUAUAUGCAUUCAAUACACAAAUAGAGUAGCAUUUUGUUGCUUGAUUAUUCUAGACGAUGAAUGGAGACCGAGGGUUGUAGGUUGUUGUAAAGUGGUAUGAUCAACUGAUUUGGACGACCUUGUAUGGUCGACCGUAACAAGUGGCGGGUCAUUACCUCUUGUGUUCAUGAUUCUUUGGGCAAGGUGUCUGGGUAAAAGUAACGUCUUUCCAUUAACAUUUCCCUGCAGAUGUAACGCCAAUCGGGCAGUUUUAUGCCGUACCAAACGACGAAUAUAUGGACGUACAUAUCCAGUUAGCUUAGUUUAUCCUAACGGCGGUUCGAUCCGUAUUAGAUUUCAUGAGCCUCGAAUAAUACUUCAGGUUAGUGCUCUUAAAAUCAUCAUAAAGUAUGUUUAUACGUUUCAUCCUGAAAUUCGUUUUCCGUUGUACAAUUAAGUUAAACUUGAAAAAAAUAGACAGUGGUGUGUAGUCGAUAAGCUGUUACUUUCCAUAGGUCCUGAGACCUCAUAUAUCCUGUAAUUAAAACUUAAGGCUAAUACAGUUUCCAGAUGUGCAUCAACAAGAUCUUAUCAAUUUCAAUGAAAAGUCUGUGGUCAUAAACUUUGAACGUAAACACCUUAGAUAAGCACUUAAAUGAUCUUCAAAGUGUACAGUAGUGUGUUAUUUAACUUAUAAAAUUCUCUUUUACCAAGAGCAUGGCUUACAAUAAUUCUAGUUGUGUUCUAUGUACAAUUAAUUCACCUUUCGUAUGUCUGUUAAAUAGUUGCAAGAAUAUUGAAGAUUACCAGACUUACUCGUACUCUAACUUAAAAUUUCAAGUGACAUUUAUGUGUUUAGAAAGCAAAUUGUCUCAAUAAUCAAGUGUCUUCCAGUUCUUUACCUAAAUGAAUAGUACAUUAGUUUGUAAUAUUAAAUGACUGUUAUGGAGCAUUGUAGACACCGUAUUAUUUUUCAACCCAUUUUUUAUUUACCAUUGGGUUCUGUGUAUGUGUAAACUUUACACCAAUACCAACCAUGAAUUUAUAACCAAAAGUUGAAACUGAAGAAUCAUUAGCGUAGAACUUGAAGUUCAGGCUGUAGUGAUGUAAGUAUUAACACACUAUAUAGUGAAACUCUCACAAAAGAGUAAACAUCAGCUCCACUUUUUAUAAGUAACACCUUAUAAAUUUGUAAGUGUUCUGUCGUUCAGCAGUCCAUAGAAAAAUGACCAAAAACAGAUCUAGGUAAAUGAACUAAAGAGAGUCAGCAUUAUUGACAGAAUUCUCAUGAUAAAAUUGUUUAUUCAUUAAAUAGCUAACAGGUCCUUGCACUAGCUGCCGAAAAUCAAUAAAAUUGAGAUCUAACCUAAGAAAGUCUCCUGAUGCAGUGUACUUCCCACUGACAUGUGAUUAUGUAUCUUAAAAUGUUGGCAAUCGAAAAUCAGAACUUUAUUAUUGAGUCACUACUAGAGAUUUAGUGUCAAGAUUUAAUUACAUGCCCUCUGGUUGUCACUGUAUCAAUAACGCUAAUGUGGGCGUGUGGUUUAUAAUUUGGAGUUAUUGUCCUAAACCUUUGUAACAUUACUGUAAAACCUUGGGUUUUAUUCUCAAAACGUUUAGUAUUUGUUUCGCUCAAUCUUCCUCUUCAGAUCCCUCCAGAUUUAAAUGACUGUUCUCCAGAAGAAAGACAGAAACGUCUUCUUAGACGCGCUCCUCAAUCAAGGUUGACUUUGCAAGAACAAAUAGAAGACACUUUUGAUCAAGAAGCUUACAGUUUUCUCUUGAAGAAAAAUUGAUUCCUCACUCCCUGUACAUAAACUUCAAUUUUAGUAAUAAAUUAUAUUGACUUAUCCUCUUUAUUUCCCUAUAAAAUAUGUAUCAUGUCGUAUUUCGGGAGUGUUCUGAAGAACUACCUGAUCAGUCUCUAUAUACAUAAAUAUAAUCUAUCGUAGACCUGCCAUAUCUAAGUCAAUUACUUCUAGGUAUUUCUCUGGGUAUACAUAAGUCAUGAGUAAUAAAUAUGA